GAUCGAUCGAAUUCAAACCCUUAUAUACGCCUCUCUUUCUAUAUAACUGUCUCUUUAUAUUCCCACUCCUUUCUCCUCCUCCUUCUGUCUCUCAAGUUCUAUAUAUGUUCAUAUUUAUUUCUUUCAUUUUAUCAUCUAAUUCUAGCUAGGAAGUAGAUAUGGCUCCUGUCUCAAUGCCUCCUGGUUUCCGGUUUCAUCCAACAGACGAAGAGCUUGUUAUAUACUACCUCAAACGAAAGAUUAAUGGUCGGACGAUCGAAUUAGAGAUAAUUCCAGAGAUUGAUCUUUACAAAUGCGAGCCUUGGGAUUUACCCGGGAAGUCCUUGCUCCCAAGUAAAGACCUAGAAUGGUUUUUCUUCAGUCCACGAGACCGGAAAUAUCCCAACGGAUCAAGAACUAACCGGGCGACAAAAGCCGGUUACUGGAAAGCCACAGGGAAAGAUCGUAAGGUUACUUCACAUUCACGGACUGUCGGAACAAAGAAAACGUUAGUUUAUUACCGAGGAAGAGCACCUCAUGGGUCUCGUACCGAUUGGGUCAUGCAUGAGUACCGUCUCGAAGAGCAAGAAUGUGACUCUAAAUCCGGCAUACAGGAUGCGUAUGCACUAUGUCGAGUAUUCAAGAAGAGUGCUUUAGCAAACAAGCUAGAAGAACAACAACAACAUCAUGUCGUGAAGAGGAACAAAGCAACGACUAAUAGUGAACAAUCUACUUCUACUACUUGUUUGUACUCCGAUGGAAUGUAUGAAAACCUAGAAAACUCGGGAUAUCCGGUCUCACCCGAUACAGGACUAACUCAACUCGGUAACAUUUCUUCGUCGGAUAUGGAAACGGUAGAGAACAAAUGGAGUCAGUUUAUGUCACAUGACACGUCGUCCUUCAACUUUCCAGUCCAGUCACAGUUUUGUUCUCAAUAUGGAUCAAUAUCAUAUCCUCCCUCAAAGGUUGAGAUAGCGUUAGAGUGUGCAAGACUGCAAAAUCGCAUGUUGCCACCGGCGCCACCACUUCACGUACAAGAUCUCACACAUGGCGAAUAUAUGGGAAACAAUGUAGUUAAUGAAACAGAUGAAGUGUUGAGCAAGAUCAUAGCACUGGCUCAAGCUUCCCACGAGCCACAGAACGGUCUAGACUCGUGGGAAGUUGCUUCUGGUUCCGCAAACUUCCAUGGAGACUUUAACUAUUCGGUUGAUAAAACCUCAGGUUCAUGGGUAGAGGCGAACAUGAACGCUGUAGAUAUGCAAGAACAUAUUGGGAGGUUUAAGGAAGAAAGAAUUGUUGAGAACUUGAGAUGGGUAGGAGUGUCAAGCAAGGAACUAGAAAAGAGUUUCAUUGAAGAACACUCAACGGUAGUUCCUAUAAAUGAUAUUUGGAGUUACCGUAGGGAUGAUCAAGAACAUAUACUUCAAGAUGGUGUGGGAGUUAACAGAAAUAAUGAUGUGGAUGAUGUUUACACACUUGAGUUCUCUGAAAGCGAGCACAACGAGAAUGUAUCGGACAAAAUAAACAACAGUGAUCAUGACACAACGAGUUCCCCACGUUUUGAGAUGAUUAAGAAAGUUGAGGUUAGCCAUGGAAUGUUUGUUACAACUCGUCAGAACAAAGAGAAAGGGAUGGUUGAUGAACAAUGUUUGAGAGCCCAAGAUAGUUUCAUGUUGAAGAAGUUGGGGCUUUCUCUUGCUAUUAUCUUAGCUGUUUCGACCAUGUGUCUUAUUUAA